AAUACCCAUAUCUGAUUUGGGUCGAAAUAAAAACAGCGAUCGCGCGAUCGCCUAAUUACCGAGGCGAGCCUGAUUAAUCUCGAUCAAUUGCAAUUGGAUCUAUCAAGUGAUAUAAUCUUGUUGCAGGCUACAAGUGGAGGGAAGCCGCAGAGGUGGUGGUCCCACGAGGGAACCGCGACUCACGAGCUCGCGGAGGAGGGGCAGUGGGGGGCGAUAUAGCGGCGCCCCGCACACCUGACCGAACGCCCCCCGCAGCACGUGCCAAAGAGGAUUCAAGAUUCCUUCCUGCCCAGCGGACGCUCGCGCCGCACGCGCAGCACGCGCAGCACGCGCCGUCGCGGAUCUGGGCGCGGCGGGGCCGGGCAUGGCGGGGCCGGACCAGCGGCGCCAGCGGCCCGCCCUCGGGGCCCGUGACAUGUGAGGCGACACGGCCGCAGUCGCCGUCGCCAUGGUCAAGUGCGAGUCCGAGGUCGACCUGACGGGCAGCGCGCCCGGCGGGCUGGCCGGGCUCGGCCUGGACUCGUCCGGGUUCCGCCUCGACGCCGUGGAGGCCGCGCUCAUCGCCGGCCCGGACCACGACCCCUUGGAGACGCUCACCUCCACGUCGGCCUCGUCCUACUCCAUCUACAAGCAGCGCAUCGACUCCAUGUUCGACGAGACGCGCUCCCUCAUCUCGGGCUACGGCUACACCACGGCCGCGCCCGCGUCCGCCUCCGCGACCACCGCCGGCAGCGGGCUGCCCCUGCCGCCAGCGCCGCCGCCGCCCCCGCUACCCACCAGGCUGGAGGGCGCGUCGCGGGCCGAGCGGCGCUCCAGGAAGGACGCCAACGUGGUGCAGGCGCGCAUCGAGAAAAUGUUCGCCGAGAUGUCGAGCGGCGGCCGCGGCGGUGGUCCCGGUGGCGGCCAGCGCUUCUCGGUGGACUACCUCGGGUCGGUGCCGCUGGUGGACAAGGUGACGACGCUGCAGGGGCUCCAGGGACCGCUCAAGGACCUCUACUUCGGCUACCGGCGCGACCGGGCGCGGCGCGGCUCCCUGGCGUCCAGCGGAGACAAGACCGAUUCCAGCGUCCAGCCCAGUGCACAGCCCACGCCGUGGCAGCCGGGAUUCCUGGAGAUCUCCGGCAGCGGACUGCGCGUGCACCACGGCGACGCACAGCAGAAGCCCCAGGGCCAGUCCACAGGACAAUCCACAGGACAAUCCACGGGGCAGCCCCAAGGGCAGUCUACGGGACAACUGGAGCAGCUCAACCCCUUCCCUAGGAUCGCGGUCUGGGCUGCGGUACAGUUCGUAUGCCGCCAGAAGGACACGGCCCCCGGCGGCACCAAGGCCAUGGAGUGCGCAUUCUUGCCCCUCAUCGCCGACCCAUCCCAGGGAGGCGUCGACCAAGACGCGCUGUUCCACGACCUGAGCGGCGCCGAGGAGCGCGUCAUUCGGUCGAUGCGCAGUAUCCUCCGGCCGGCGGCCGACGCCGACCUGGACCGUGACGCCGACGGCCACGACGCACCCAUGUUCGCCGUGGUGAUGCGAGGUGCGGGCGCGUCCCGUCAUCUCGAGUGCCACGGCUUCGUCUGUGCCUCCUCCGAGGACGCCAUCGUCAUGGCGGCCAACCUGUACCAGGCGCUCAUGACCAGUAUGCGGACCAGCGCGCCGCCGCCGGCAGAAGCGGGAGCGGCGGCGGGCACCGCGACGCCUGGGGCCGACCGCGGGGCCGCCAACACCGGCAGCGGAGAGCGUCUCCUGGCGGGGCGCGUCGCGCGCAUGCACCACGAGAACGGCAUCGGCCGCCUCAGCAUCGCCGGCAGCGUGUGCGGCGACUCGGCCAACGGUCAAGCCACCGACUCGGCCAACUCGGCCGUCUCUGCGGCCGCGUCGCUGUCCCUGUCCGCGGAGAGCAGCUGCAGCAACACGGACCGGGCGCCGGAGGACGCCGCCACCCUGGCCGCCCAGCAGCAGGCCAAGCAGAUAGCCAAGCAGGCCGCCAUGAAGGUCAACCAGCAGAGGUCGUCGCCACCGCAACUGCCCAAGGUGCCUCCGCCCGUCCCCAAGCGACCGCCUCGCAAAAAGAAAACGUCGGGUUCGUCCACGGAUGGCGAGGACCUCAUCGUGCUGGAGGACACCGAGGUGCCAAGGAGCAACAAGACCAACGUGUCCUCGCUGCGCGGCAGCUACAUGCCCAGGGCCGGGGGCGGUGGGGGUGGCGAGGGGGUGCCCGGAGGUGCGGGCGGCACGGGCCGCCAGGUCAGCAGCCACGCCGGCAGCAGGCGGUCCAGCCUCAUUCCCUCGUCGGAUGUGGGGAGUGGGGCGCCCACCUCCGGACCGGGAGGAGAUAUCCUCACCAAGGUGGCCAUUCCCCGGAGCCACAGCUUCCUCAACGCCAACGGCCCGCUGACUCGCUACGGCCGGCGGCCGCCAAACCACGCGCGCAACGCCCCGGGGGGCGGCGCCGACCUGGCCGCAGCCCACGGCGGUAACGGUGGCGGCAUCAACGGGCUGGGCAGAGCCGGGGGCGGCGGCGGCGGCAGUCCGCUAGGUUUCAACGAGCUCUUCACCGAGUUCCGCCAGCAGGAGGGGCUCGACAGCCUCGACGACAUCCUGGGCGCCAUCAUCGACGCCGAGGGUAUGUCCUUCAACGACCUCAAGCCCAUUUACAAAGAGUUCCUCCUGAAAUUGGCGCUCACGCUCACCAAAGACGAGCUGUACCACCGCAGCAAGAGCAUCAUGCGACGACAGAGGAAGAAGCAGCUGCUUGGGGCGGGGCUCGGGGGCGGUCGGGGGCGGCGGCGCGGCAUCGCAUACACGGCCGUGUACAUCAAGAGGGCCGUCCGCCGGUCCAUCAACAAGCUCCGGCCAAGUAAGCGCACAGGACUCGGAAAGCUGCUCUUCAGCGGGGGCAGCUCGCCCAGCGCGAGCGCAACCAAGGCGGGCGGCAAGUGCGCCGGCGCCGCCCCCAAGAAGAAGAGCAAGAAAAAGAUCAAGCCGGUACCCGUGGCCGCCUCAUCCAUCUCGUCCUACCCGUCGUCCAACUUCAGGAUGAGCCGGCGGCCCAGCAUCAGCGUGAGCCAGGCCCUGGACGCGGCGUGCAACGUCAAUGUCAACGUGAGCAUCAACAACAACAACAACAACAACCGCGCCAGCAACAAGGCACGCCUGCCGCGGAGGCGCAGCAGCCGGCGCACCAGCAACCGCCACCACCAUCAGCCCACGCUGCCGCCGCCCAUGCCGCCGCCCCUCACCACCAGCACGUCCGAGGACAGCGACUUCUUCACCAUGAUCCGGUGCGACUCGUCGCGCGGCGGCGGCGGCGGCAGGACCCUCGGCACCCUGGGCACCCAGGGCACGCGGAGCGGCAAGGGCGGCGGCGGCGGCAUGAACCGCUCCUCCAGCGGCUACGUGUCGUGCUCCGACUGCAGCUACGACAGCGAGUCGUGCACGUGCCUGUCGGCCGAGCGCUGCUACUGCUCCCUGUCCAAGUACCGGCCGCCCCCCGACGCGCUCCCAAUGCAGGCCCUGCAGGCCCUGUCCCUGCAGCCGUGCGCGUGCGCCUGCGACACGGACUCGUGCCAGGGCAGCGACAAGUGCUACUGCACGCAGCGGCCGCUGCACGGCCCGGGCCCGGGCCCGGGCCCGGGCGCUUGCACGAGGCGCAGCGGGCGGGGCCAGGCGCCGGCCAAGGGUCAGCCGCACCACGCGCGCUGCGCGCAGCGCCAGCGGCAGCGCCGCGGCUCCAGCACCCCCGCCGUGCCCAUCCCCGCCGCCUGCGCCGUGCCGCCGCCGGCCAACAUCUUCGAGCAGCUCCGGCAGCAGGGCUUCGCCGCGUCCGACUCGAGCCUGUCGCGCGCCGAGUCCCCCAUGACGGCGUGGCGCAAGAACGAGAGCCGCGUGAGCGGGCGCGGCCAGCGCAGCGGCGGCGGCGCGGGGGCGGGCGAGCGGCGCAAGCAGCGCGCCGCCUCCUCCGCGGGCAGCAUGCGGUCCUCGCGCAGCCUCGAGUUCCUGCAGGGCCCGCUGCUGGGCCACCUGCAGGCCGGUGCGCAGAGCCACCUGCUGCCUCAGCACCAGUACCCCGUCGCCGGCAAGAACGGCAAGCCGCCCAAGUCGUCCGGUAAACCGCCCAAGUCGUCCAGCAAGCAGCCCUCGCCCAGUAAGAUCAUCCUCGACGGGUUCGGGUCGGCGCGCAGCCGCUGCCCCAGCCGCAUGGACAUGUACCGCUCCAGCACCCGCUCGUGCUCCUACAUCGCGGCCCCCGUGCUGGAGCCUCCGCCAGUGGGCCUCGGCCUCGGCAGGCAGACGCGGUCCCGGAUGGGCAGCGUGCACGGCCACCACUCCAGCAGGCCUGGCUCUCGCGCAGGCAGCAGGCCGACCAGCCGGGCCGAGAGCCGGGCGGACAGCUGGGUGUGCGAGGACGAAGACGCGGACGAGCCCGUCGACGACGACGACGAGGCCCUCGGCAUGGAGGAGGACGUGCAUCUCCUCCUCGGGGACGUGUCCUCGACGCGAAGGUCACGUCAGACGCGCCAGUCUCGACAGGCCCGAGAGAGGAAGGUGCUGGUCGUGUCCGCACGCGACCCCGAGGGCCGCGUCAUCUACAUGGGCGCGUCGGCCUCGGCGUCGGCCUCCUUCUUCCCGCGAGCAUCGCUGUCGCACAGCUCGUCCAGCAGGAGGCAGUCGAGAGCCAACCUGCCACGCCACGCCGCGCUCGUCAGCAAGAAGUCAGACCCUUACCAGAGUAGCGCCAGCAUGGCAGCAAGGGCCGCCAGCGAGGCGCUGUCCGUCAAGAAGUCCGCCGAGAUCGCCGCGCUCUUCACGGGCGUCAAGAUGAGUCAGACGACGGACAUCGUGGCGACGGCGCGCAGCACCGACGUGACAGACAGCAGGGACAGCAGCACCACGGCAGGGGACGGCGAGGAGCUCCUGUACAGCUCGCUGGACGGCCACACCAGGGGCCACGGCCUCAGUCAGCGGCCCGCGGGCGCGGGGCCUCGCCAAGGAAUGUACCUUAGCCACACAGUCGGCAGCAGCCUAGAGAACAGCCUCGGUCUCUUUACUGUGAUGGGUAUGACUGACAAAACUGUUAUUAAAAAACACAAGUGCAAAUGA